AUGUCAGACUACACAGCCAUGACGGGUUAUACCCAGCGCGCGAAGUGGUACCAGGAGAGAUUGGAGUAUUACCGCGAGGCGUAUCCAAGAUGCUCCACCGAGGCACUUCACGAGAAAGUGCGCAUGCUUGAAUUCACAACUCCAGACCCAAGUGUUCAAGGUAGUCAAGACAACGCCAGCGAAGCCGACCGCCGUGCGACUCGCGCCGAAGAAUUCCGCCGCCGCCGAGUUGUCCACGAGGAGCAAGAAGAGAUGCGCCAAAUGCGACUUAAGAGCAUGAACAGCGCACAUUGGCCCGGCUUCGCUAUGAGGUGCGUGAAGCGAUCAGACGUUAUGAGAUCUACGAUAGAAGACUUGAGCGCAAAGAGACUGACUACAUUGCCGCUGAGGAGCGCUACUAUCGCCGUCGUGGCUAUGGAAGCGAGUCUCCUCAAUCUGUACCAUCUCACAUGCGAUCUGAUUAUACCGACCGCCUCCACCCCGAAGACAUACUCACAGGACGAUCUCGUUACGAUAGAAACACUGGUCAUAAUCUUGCUCGAAACGAAGACGUACCGCGAUCUCUUUAUCCUGAAUACCGAUCCCGAGGCCGUGAUGCUCGCGAGCUGUCUCCUCGACGAUACAGAGAUCGAGAGUAUCGAUCGCGAGAUUAUGAACCUCGAUACCAAUCUCCACCACGAAGAUCUCGUUAUUCCGAGUCUCGUACUCGCUACUGAGCACGGAGGGUCUACGGACUGGUUCAGCGGAGAUGUAAAGACAGAUCGAGAUGGACAUGGACAUGGAACCACAGAGAGGGACUGA